CUGAACAAACGAGUUAAAAAGUUAUAAGGCCAAAUCCUCUCAACAAGCUAGAAUAAAUGCAGUGUUUUAGCAAGACAUUGUGAGUGAAAAUCAGAUCGGAGAAAAAGGACCAUACCCGAUGGCAGCUCCACUAACAGCUGGCCAGUUGACGAGGUCAACCAAGGCCUUGAUGUCUGCAGAGUGUGGCAAAAAGAAGACUGGGGCGAAUCCUUUCAAAAUGCCAGACGACGACAACGUCAUCCUGAUCAGGCACAAGGAGAAGGAGCGCAGGAAACUGGAGCUGCAGAGCCAGUUGGGUUUGCGGGUCCAUGAGAAAGUGACAUACGCCGGCCGCGUGAAGGCCAGGCAGACUGACCUCCGCAGGAAGCUGAGGGAGGGGCUGGAUGAAGAGGACUCAGCCCAGCCAGCGGAGAAGGAAAGCAUCCCCUUCCAGCUUCCGAACGGUCCAGCCAUGAGGGCGGCCAUGAUCAAAGAUGGUAAUAUUGAGAAAGAGGGUAUGCAAGAGUACAUAUCCAAGAAAAGGCAGUUGUUUCUGCUGGAGUACUCCCUGGCAGUAAAGCGUGGAGAGAUAGAAAAACUGGAGAAAAUGGCGACAGAUGAGGAGAAGAAACUGACUCGCGCCGAGCAGUUCCUGGAGAAAAAUGCUGUCAUGUUCGACGAGUUCCUCAGAGAGAAUGACAAGAACUCUGUAGAGGCCAUCAAAGUUGCUGAGUUGGAGACCAAAGUGAAAAUGGAGAAGGUGGCAGAAACGAAGAAGAUCACAGCCAGGAUUCUGGCCAUUAGGAGCGAGAUCUCUAAGUUCGAGGACAUCCUGAAGGAGUACGCCAUCUACAAGGAUUUCCUCUUCAGGUUGUCCCCUCCAGAAUGGCAAGAGGCACAGAGGACCAAGACCAAGGACAAGUCUGGAACCAAGGACAAGCUCAAAGAAAAAGACGAGAGGGCUAAUCGGAAAAUACGUACUAGGACAGAGAGCAGGGCAUCCGAUUCAGGCCGAGAGCUGCCCCCCAUACAGGAUGCAAGGGCCCCCUCCACAAAGUCAGCAGGCCGAAGUGAAAAGUUGAGUCAUGUGGCAGAACUGGAGACUGACAGCUCAGAAUAUGAGGAGGACCCGAAGCUAUACUUCAAGGACCCGAGACAGCUGCUGGAUUUGCUGACAGAGUUGGAGGAACAGAACCUCUCCCUGAUCCAAAACUCCAGGGAGACUGAAGAGGCCCUGGAGGAGUUCCGACAAGUAAUGGACCACAACCGCAAUAAGAUGGAGAUGGAGACUCACCAGUUGACUCAGCAGAUAGACACGGUGACUCACGCCAUCCACAGGGAGACCGAGCGCGCGGACGAGCUGGAGCUGAUGUCCCGCCUCUUCAACUUCGGGAACUUCAAGUCCGACCACCAGGAGGGUAUGUUAGACUCCCUGCAUGCUAAGGUUGCUGACGUGUACCGGGCCUGUGUGGGCGACAGCGAAGCCAACCUGAGCACCCUACAGAUGCUGACAGCCAUCGAGAACCGCCUGGGAGAGCUGCAGGAGAACGUGGAGUUGAUCCCCAAAGAUCGGCUGCUGCUGGCCGAGAGGGCCAAGGAGAGGGAGAGGAGGCUCAGGUUGCGUGAUGACAAGAUGCAUCAGGUGAAGCAGCACCAGGAGGAGAGACUCAGGAAGGCCCUAGAGAGAGCCCAGGCAGACAUAAAAAAAAAGACUGGCAAGAAACUGAUGGUCAGAUCACAGCCACCUGCCCCCAAGCUGAAGAAGAGCCAGGCAUGCGACAUCUCGGACAAGGAGAAAGAGGAGCACCUCUAUUUCUUCACCUAGUCAGGUCACGGUCCACAACCCGACCCUAUACGCCGGUACUGACAGGAACCCACCAGAGGCUGGAUUUAAAUAACAUGCAUAAAUGUG